AUGUACAAAUUAUCGCAAAUAAUCGACGCGAGGGAAGACCCAAUGGCCCGCCAACCGCGUUCGCCCUUGACCAUCAAUACCUCGGCGCCUGCCUCGCCGGCGGUCUCUCUAUUCUCCGCAACGGGCCAUAAUCGAGUCUCCAGCUCGGUGUCGUCCCUGGCCUCCGCGCCUGGUCUCGGAAACUCACUCGAUAGCCCUAGUCGAAGCCAUCUGACCGGAGUGAAAGAGGAGGAUUGCACACGCGACUCUUUGGAGGACCAGUACUUCCAACAUUUUGAUUACGAUACAUCGGCGGAAGAGUCCUACUUCGCCCCAGUGGACCGCUCAGAUACCUACGAUCUGAGCGACACCGGCAUGGAAACCGCCCCGUCACCUAAGAAGCGCCGCUCCGACAGCGUGUCGAUGAAAGGCGUUUCACGAAUUAAUUCUCACAUCUCAACGAUGUCAGCACGCUGGAAGAAGCGCGGCUCCGGCGGCGAGGCCGAUAUGUUCCCCGACGAUCUACGCUCGCGCGCCAACUCGGCCGCUUCAUCCGCUCUCGCCAGCCCAAUCACCAGUCCCGUGCCUAUGAGCCGUGUGGACUCGAUUCCUCCAUCUCCCGCCAGAACCAUCUUUGAAGAACGCGCCAGCGAGUCCGGCACGCGCCCAAUCGACAUCACCCGUGCCAACAGCUUCCAGGAAGACGAGAACGAUGCCCAGGCCACAACGCCUCUCCUCCCACCAUUCAUGGGUGACGACCCAACCAGCGUCACCGCUUCCCGCGUUCAAUCGCCUCUUCAAUCCCCGUCCGUGGCAGACGUCAGCGAACACCACUAUAAUGUGACCUCUGAUCCACGUUUCAUGGGAAUUCUCCCGUCGCCUCCUCUCUCUUCCAAGCCCUCCAUCGCCUCAUUCAACCGUCCCCGCGCGAGCACGGUCCGCACCGUCUCCGGCGACGUGACGCCCUUCGUCCUCUCCGACCCCAACGACGAAUGGGCCAACAAAUUAGGCCACGCCAACUUCACCAUCACCCCAGAGCCGUACAUGCCCACCAUCUACGAUAUGGAUCAUUUCCAACAAUUGCGCGCAGACUGGGAUAUUGCGCGCUGCAACUUCGCCAAGCAUCUUGUGCGCACCGGGGAACACUACGGCGUGACCUCGUACAUCUACAAGCUUACCGUGGAAAAGUGGGAGUCGAUCAAUGCGGACUGGCAAAAGCAAUACGACAGCGUCCUCAACCAGCUUGGCUGCGACGGGGUCGCACUGACGCUCACGCAAUCUCACCCGUGCCAAGUGCGGGUCCCGCGUCUGCACGAAGACAAGUUUCCCGAAAUGGGCGACGAAGAUAUCGUCGGCCCGAUGACCGUUGCGGGGUGUCGUGCGAAGUCUGAGAAAAAGAGGAAUUUCUUCCGUUUCUUCCAGGAUCUCGUUUCCAGACCUUGA